ACGAGAGAGAGAAUCUGGGUCGCAGAUCUGCUUUAGAAAACUAGAAACAAACCGAUAACUAAGAAAAAGUAAAGAUACAUUCUAGGUAUCUCCGCUUUGGAACACAGAAAAAAAGAAAAAGCAGAAAGAAAAAAAAGAGGGGGUUUGACGAAACAAAAAAAGAUAUGUAUGUAUUAGAAAAUGGGGAUUGUUUACCACCGGUUUUGGUAGGAGUUAAUGUUUUCCUUGCUUCUGUUGAUGCUGUUAUUGCAUUCAUUGCAUUUUCUCAGGAGAAAUUGGCUUUUUUAAAAAUAUAAUAAAACGGAUUGAAGUAAAUUGAAAAGUUGAUUAGGAUUCACUUGAGGACUAAACAACUUGGUUGGACUCGCCAAAAGGUUUUCCAUCUCAUGAUUGGAUCUUCCAAUGUAGGUUACUUUGUGUAUUUAUUAUCCACUCUUGUCGCUACUUGUAAGGGUUGGUUGUGCUGGUCAAAUGCUUGUGGGUUCAUUCUCAUGGCCUGUCCUAAGAUUUUGUUUCUAGCAGCAUUUCUUCUGAUUUUAUCCUUCUGGGUCGACCUUCGUCACCAGACAAAUUACGAAGAAGAAGAUGAUGACGACAAUAGCUCUCGAGAACCUCUGUUGGAAAAGAGAAUGACUAAACCACAUUCGUCUAGCAUAGAUGAUCUUAGAAGAUGUUUUCCCUUCCAAUCCAUUCAUGUAGGAAGCCGGCAAAAGUUUGUGAUUUUGGUGGUUCUGCUAAUUUUUGUAAUAAUGGUGGCAUCUGCAAUGCUAAUCUGGAUUGGCAUGGGAAAGAAUCCUAUAGAUUCGUCUGUAGUUGCUCGGGUGUACACAGACAUGUUUGCAAUAGCGGUUAUUAUAUUAGGAGGAGCCUUGGCUACUUAUGGUGUGUUGCUGUUCCUGAAAAUGAAAAAUGUACGAUCAGACAAAGCUUCAACUGAAAUGUGGAAGGUUGCAGGUUUGGCAGUUGUCUCUGUUGUCUGUUUCACAACAAGUGCUGUAGUAGCUCUUGCUUCAAAUGUCCCUCUGCUUUAUCACUGGCAUCCUGUGAAUGCAAAUGGUGUAAUUACUUCAGUUCUUAUUAUUAUAUACUAUUUUAUAGGUUCAUCUGUACCGUCAGCUUUUGUAUUAUGGGUAAUGAGAGAAAUGCCACCACCGUUUGUGGACAGUAGACACGCACAAUCGAGAGUACCACAACUGAGAACAGUGCCUUUCAUCGAGGAUAGACCAGUAGCAACACAUCAAGCUCAUCGUUGGACUACUGUCACAAGCUCACAAAAUAAGGCCUCAAGAGCAAGUCCCAUAUAACUAACUGCUUAUUAUACAAAAUACACGAUAUGCUUCCUGUUUUGUUUCUGCCAAAUUCAUCAAAGGGUGAAAUUUGCAGCGUUUUUGCUGGAGUGCUGAUAGUUGUUGAGAUUUACAUGAUGAGAUUGGGAAUACAAAGUUGCAAAUCCUCCUUGUCCUCCUUAAACAGGCAGUUGGAGUUUCGCAGACUGCUGCCACAAGGUUGUAAUUGAUUCAAUGUCUGGCUUUGAUAAUUUAAAAAGAUGUAAAUAUCCACAAAUGGAGAAAGUCAGCUUUCUUUUGUUGAUUUAUUCUUUGGGUCUCAGAUCUUGCUGAGAAUUGAUCUUGUAAUGCUAAUUGAAAAUGCUUAUAUGCUUUGUCUGGAAAUUAACUCGUACAUUCCCAACAUUAUUUCAGUUUUCA